CGAAUCAUCCGAUCAUCAUCAGCUUGAGAAAAUAAAACCGAACAAAAAUCAUCCUUGUCCUCGAAAGAUUUGACAAUACCGCUUGCGUUUGCCCCUUUUUAACAAAAAGCGUAGCCUAGCUUUUUACUACAAUUCUCUAUACAUUUUAUUAAAUUUUUUCUUCAAUUAACAUAAAUCUCAGACUAAUUUAAACUAGAGUCAAAUUGUCUUCUUUUGUUUUGGGUGUAAAAUUCAAAAAUUUGCAAAGGUUGUUUUUUUAAUCCAUCGUGUUUGCUUGUGCUUUUUUGUUGUAUUGUUCUUUACCUGUGAAGUGAUUUAAUCCGCAAUUUUUGUUUUGUUAAAAAAAAAAUGAGUGUUUGGUCUUUAGUUUAGCCGUGUUCCUAGGUCGGGUCCGUACUGGCAACGGGCCCCCUCGACGCCCCGGGGCGAGUGGGGGCCGUGGCACGAGCCAAGUCCCCCAGUCGGACAUCACUCGCCGAGGGAUGAACAUACUUUUCCGAAAAAAUUUCAACGAGGGUGGGGGUGGCGGAGGCGGUAGCAAAUCUUUGGGCAAGUCCGCCGCGAGGGCGAGGAAGGGCAAGAUAGGUGGUCGUUCGAGGGCGGCCGCCGUCCUCGAGGACCACUACGGUUUCAGGACCCACAUUUUCCUUUCGCCAUCCUUUUCCCUCGAAUCCGAAGAACUCGGUUGCGGCAGUGCCAUUUCUGGGGGGCUCACCUCUAGACGUUCUUCCGGUUCGAUCCAGCAGCUUAAGUGGAAUCUUCAACAGAGGAGGAAACCAUCCUCCUCCCUCUUCGGUGAACCGGAGGUCAGCUUCACGAACGAUAACCAAGGAUAUGCAGGGAGGACGACAAAGCCGAUUUCCCUUCACCCAGUACCAAAAGCGGAAAUCACAGAACUUAAGACUUUGGACAAAGACUGCUUCAUCAUCCCGGUGGCUAGCGUCGACAGAUUCCUGCCAGCAGGAGUGCCCAUGCCACUUAUCGAGACGAAACAGAGCCAACUGUCUGUCGUAGAAGUUGACGACCCGAAACUCUGCGUCUUGAUCCACCUAAUGACCCAAAUGGAGCCGAUCGAACCAAUCCUCGAGUCGCCUCUGUCCAUGCCCCUCGUCAAGCAAAAAAGCACAGCCUGUGAUCUUCUGACAGAAGUCGGAGCGUCCAGAACCGCCAUGGAAGGCAUGCUUCUCGCUAAUUUAGAGAAAAACGCUGAAUUCCCUUUCAUAUCGUACUAUGUGAUAAACAAGGCUCAAACGGAUCCCGGCGAAUUCUUUCACAACUGUAGGGCGGCCUCUUUGAGGAAAUUCGACCCCAAGUGCCUGAGAUAUUCGGCGGCCCACACCUUCGACUUGUUCAACGAGGUGGCGACGAUCGCCAGGCCACCACUCGACCCUACAUCCAAACGGCCUAGGUCAAACGCGACAGGAUUCAUAGUCUCCGUUUACAAAGUCUUCGAGGGCGAUGAUGGCGAGAAUUUCGAAAAGAACUGGCUUUAUUGGACAGGUGCAAGGAUGAUAUACAGGUCGCUACCUAAGUCGGUGGGGCUUAGGAGAAUAACCCUUCACAAGUCCGUCUCGAAUGGUGACAAGUUGUACCUGCUACUCGUGGAAUGCUCAAACUUCCUGCACGAUCUCACCGCUGCUGCCAUCCUGAUUCCGGCCCUGAGGGCCAGGCUUUGUGGUUACACGGGGUUGUACAGAACCACUGCGGUUUUCUAAGCCUCUGUGGCACCUAUCUC